CUACGCUCUGAACAUGUCUAGACUUUUUCGUACUCAUUUUCACCCCAACAAAGCUGUCAGAUCGCAGGGCCAGGUGUCAGAUGGGAAAUACGUCGUAGCACAGUGAUUUCAUGGUCGGAAACACCUAUCCAUACACAACCGAAGACUGGGUCGAAGAUAUUAAGCUCGCCAGGGCACAUGGAUUGGACGGCUUUGCGCUGAAUGUGGGACGAGAAGAAUGGCAGCGGUGUCGUGUGGAAGAUUGCUAUACGGCGGCUGCACGUCUGAAUCAGUCCACGACGGGUCCCGAUGUGUUCCAAUUCAAGCUCUUCAUCAGUUUUGACAUGACAUCAAUCCCUUCAGCAACUGAACAAGAUACUCGAUUGUUGUGUGAUUAUAUGCAACUAUGCAAACUACACAUCGGGACCUGCCAGCUGAUCCACAAGGACCGGGUGCUGGUGUCAACAUUCGCUGGUGAAAUGGCUACAUUUGGGAGAAGUAAUGGCGAAGGGUGGGUUUGGGCGAAGCAGCAGAUGGAGGAGAUAGCGCCGAUAAGUUUCAUUCCGGCUUUCUUCAUUGAUCCUGCCCGCUAUCCAAACCUGGACUCCAUCGACGGUAUAUUUCAUUGGAAUGGCUCCUGGCCCAUCGGCCUCACUCCUUCCUCCCCUCGCUCUGAAAUUGUCUGCCCCAAACUCGAUUCAGAUCAACAUCACAUCAGAUGCCUCAAUCCCAAACAUACGAGCGACAGAAGAGGAAGCCGAAAGACUUACAUGGCGGCCGUGUCACCUUGGUUCUUUACCCACUACGGGGCUGAUUCAUGGAACAAAAAUUGGAUAUAUCGAGGAGACGAUUGGCUUCUAGCUCGGAGAUGGGAGUACAUCAUGUCUAUCCGGGAUGAAGUUGACAUCAUACAGAUCAUAUCAUGGAACGAUUACGGCGAGUCGCACUACAUAGGCCCCAUCAAAGGCGCGCAGCCCAACUCCGAGGCGUGGGUGAACGGGUUCCCACACUUACCUUGGCUCAAGCUCAAUGCCCACUUCGCGCGCGGCUUUCGAGAGGGGCGCAUGGUCGUAGAUACAGACGAAAUCUACGUCUGGGCAAGGCCGCACCUGCGCGAUGCUGUUGCAUCCGAUCCCGUAGAUAGACCGAAAGGGUGGGAGCUUACCGAUGAUCGGUUUUGGGUCGCCAUUCUCGCCACAGCCCCGUCGACAGUGGUUCUCUCGACCUCCGCGGAGUGUUCUCAACAAACUCGUGUCCAAGUAUCCGCCGGCCUCUCGAAGCUCUCGCACCGUCUCAUCGUGGGAGAAGGGGUGAAGGUGCGGGUGUACCGUGACAGCGAUCGCACUAUCGUGGCGGACUGCAGUCCCAGCCUCGAAGAGUUUUGCGUGCAAGAACGGCCGGAAGUGUACAACUUCAACGCGUUCGUUGCAAUGUCGAGUUAAUCGACAUUCUGCUCGUCGCUGCCAUCAGCUUCCAUCCUAUGUGGAUCAAUAUCAUCUCAAAGAUUCAUGGAGUGCUGUCCCCACUCCACAUAAACUACCGAGUGGAUGUGAGAAGCUGACGAGACUCUUGCCGCGGGAGUACCACCACCACACUUAACAUUUGAUACAGAAGAACAGGGAGAAUAUCUCCUCAUUCAAGCUGAAACCAAUGUGCUGAGCAUGGGGUCGCAAAACCGCUGAAAUCUCGUCGAACUCGCAAUCACUGUUCAUUUCGAAAGCGCGAGCAGUGGCUCCCAAGUUAUGCGUGAGUGUAAGGCCAAGUGCGAAACGUAUACGGGACGAUCUGGUCGGCUUGGGAAGGUAGUUUAAAGGGGCAUUGCCAGUGAGAAAGUAGAGCGUGCAAUCUCUUUCGCGAUUCCGUCGCCUGAUAUUCACACGCGCCGCCUCGGCUAUCGCUGUUAUCACUACUUGAGGGACCAGUGUAUCAGUGUGAGGACGCUGUGCCAUUGUUCCGUGAUUCUGAUUUGAGUGACGAUCUAUGGUUUUGAGACUACGUACCAUAUUAUAGAGUUGGCGAUCAAGAUGAAACUGGGAAGAUGGUAUGGACGCUGGCAAAUGCGACCCGAUCUGAACAGUUUCACUUGAAAGACCCAAUAAACGACAGUACU